GGUGUGUUUCAUGUACCACUGCAGCAUCAGUGCAAAAGAAGACACGAGAAAAGGCACGACUCAGUGGACAGGACAGGAGAGACGAAAUACAGACAGAAGAAAAAGAAAGAGAGAGAGAGAGAGAGAGGGUGGCGACGAGAGAAAAGGGAUAAAAGAGAAGAAGAGACAGAGGAAGAGACGCGACACCUGCAGAGCCAGCAGUCGGAGCAGCGACCGACCGACACGUUGGACUGUGAAAGAAACACACACACCAAGUUAAACCCCGGUUGUUGACUCGUCUCCUCUCUGGGGAGCUCCCUGAAGUGUGUGUGUCUGGUUGGGUGCAUAAGGUGGAAGGAGGGUGUGUGUGUGUGUGUGUGUGUUUUUCUUUAUGUGUUGAUGAGUGUGUGGGUGUCUUGCGUCACUUUUCAUGGGACAUUGAGAGAUGAGUGUGUCACAGCGUCGGUGGACGGGCUCCCCCGCCCGCCCCCUGGUCCUCCUCCUCCUCCUCCCUCUGUCCUUCCUCUCCUCCACGCCUCCGCUGGCUCAGGGAGCCAUCCGGAUCCCCGAAAACUUGUCACAGCCUCCGAUCCUGACCGAUAUGCCGCAUUCGUACACGGCUUUCUCUCACGAGGACAUCGAUCUGCCCUGUGAGGCGUCCGGGAACCCGACACCCACUUUCCGCUGGGUGAAGGACGGCGAGGCGUUCAGCUCGGAGCGUAAAGGAACUGGGACGUUGCGAGCCGAAGAGGAGGAGCCUCUCGAGUCAUACGCAGGCUACUACCGAUGCUACGCCUCCAACGACCUCGGGACGGCCAUGACACAAACCAUACAGGUCAUCGUGGAGCCCCAGCCGGUUCUCCUGAAACAACAGAAAGUCCAUAAGAGAGCAUACGCAGGAGAAAGCAUGAUCCUGUCCUGCAACCCUCCACAGAGCUCCACUCCUCCGCACAUCCACUGGAUGGACAAGAAAAUGGUGCACAUCAAGCAGAGUGACAGAGUGAUGGUCGGCUUGGACGGGAACUUGUACUUUUCUAAUCUUCUAAAGAGCGACACCAGAGACGACUACAUCUGCAACGCCCAGUACGCAGCAGCCAGGACGAUCCUCCCCGACACCGCUGUCAGACUCACUGUCAUGCCCAGUAAUGAUGUCACGCAGGGCAGGAAGCCCCACCUCUUCCACCCCGCCGGCACACACACGUCUGUGCUCGCCCUCAGGGAGACCAGCAUCAUUCUCGAGUGUAUCCCCAAAGGCCUCCCGACUCCAAAGGUAGAAUGGAAGAAGAAGGACGGCAACCUGGACGACACAAGCGGCCAACUGGACGCCAACGACCGCUGGCUUCGCUUCGACAGCAUCACCCAGAACGAUGACGGCGAGUACGAGUGCAGGGCCUUCAACCUCCACGGCUCCACUGCACACUCCUUCACCCUCACUGUGGAAGCCGUUCCGUACUGGGUGAAGGAGCCUGAGAACCUGCAGUACUCUCCCGGAGAAACCGUCCGACUGGACUGUCAGGCUGAAGGCAUCCCGACGCCCACCAUCACCUGGAGCAUCAACGGGCAGCCCGUCUCAGAGGUGGAUGUGGAACCUCGGCGGAGCGUGUUUGGCGGCGUGUUGAUCCUGCGGGAUGUUGUGUUUACUGACACCGCCGUGUAUCAGUGUGAGGCCACCAACAAACACGGCUCCGUCCUCGUCAACACCUACCUCUACGUCGUUGAGCUCCCUCCUCAAAUCCUGUCCUCUGACGGAGUGGUGUACCGAGUCACCGAGGGUGGAGACAUCAAGCUGCACUGUGAAUCCUUCGGCUCGCCACGACCACACGUCGUAUGGGAGGGUGAGGACGAGCUCCCUCUGCUGGCCAACCCUCAUAUCUCCCUGCUGCCCAGCGGAACGCUCGAGCUGACCAGUGUCAGUCACGCCGACAGCGGAGAGUACACCUGCUCCGUCAUGUACACCAACAUCUCCAUCACCGCUCACCUGGAGGUCUUCAAUCGGACCGUGAUCCUGACAGGUCCUCAGGACGUCCGUGUGCUCAGAGGGAGCAGCGCUCUGCUGGACUGCAGCUUCUACAAAGACCCUCAGCUGGUCGAGACCCAGAUCGUCUGGAGGAGAGACGGACAGAAGCUGCAGGAGUCGUUACAAGAUGACAAGUACACUAUCUUUGACAACGGCACCUUGAAAGUGACAAACGUUCGAUCAGACGACAGUGCGCCGUACUCCUGUGAGGUCAUCACUGACCUGGACAACGCUAAGGCCAGCGGCUCCAUCACUGUCGUAGCGCGGCCGGACUCUCCCAAAGAUCUGUCUCUGUCUGACGUGGACGACCACAGUCUGACCCUCAGCUGGAUCCCAGGACACGCACACAACAGCCCCAUUAUAGAGUUCAUCGUGGAGGUCCGGGAGGAGCAGCACACGGAGGAGCGUCUGUGGAAGUGGGAGGAGUGGAAGAAGGUGCCGGGGGACUUCAACCACCUGGAGCUGACCCUCUACCCGUACUGCACCUACCGCUUCAGGGUCAUCGCCGUCAACGAGGUGGGCCACAGCGCCCCCAGCGAGCCGUCGGACCACCGCAGCACGCCGCCAGCUGUUCCUGACCAGAACCCCACCGGCGUACGCAGCGACACCGCAGACCCAAAUCACCUGACCAUCACCUGGGACGAGAUGGACAGACGCUUACACAACGGCCAGGGCUUCCAGUACAAGGUGUCCUGGCGGAAGGCCGGGGGGACAGACAUCCACUGGACCCACGCAGACGUCCUGGCGCCGCCGUUCGUGGUGAACAACACGGGAACGUACACGCCGUUUGAGAUCAAAGUCCAGGCCGUGAACUCGAUCGGAGACGGACCGCUGCCGGAGCCCGAGAUCGGACACUCCGGAGAGGACAAGCCUUCAGAAGCUCCCACUGGAGUCAGCACCAGUGUGACGAACACAACGGUCAGAGUGACGUGGAAUGAAGCCAAGAGCGUCCGAGGUCUGCUGCUGGGAUACAAGAUCCACAUCAGGUGGCUGGGUCCGGUCGGGCAUCGGGCCCGGAGGUCUCCUGGAGAAGUGCACCAGAAGGAGGAGAGAGUGGAGCCGGAGAAGGAGAAGGAGCGAGUGGUGGUGGUCCACGGCACAAAGACGUGGGAGGAGGUGACGGGGCUGCGGUACUAUUCUCAAUACGAGCUGUUCGUCUCUGCCUUCAACAGCAAAGGAGAGGGCCCGCGGUCCACAGCGCACCACUGCAGCACACCAGAGGGAGCGCCUGGUCCUCCAUCUUCUUUGAGGUUCGAGAGUCCUUCAGAGACGUCCCUGGUCCUCUACUGGACGCCUCCAGAGGAAACCAACGGCAUCCUGCUGGGAUACAUGGUGCAGUAUCAGGCGGUGGAGAGCAAAGAAGAUGGUGCGAAUCCUUGGCGGAUGGAGAUGAUUGAUGAUCCCAGUGUGACUUACACCGGGUUGUAUAAUCUGGACCCUAACAAACAGUACAUCUUCAAAGUGAUCGCACACACCGCCCGCGGAAAUGGGCCGCCCAUCACCGAGAUGGGCGCCACCCUGCUGGAAGGAGUUCCACCAACCAACAUCACCAUCAACGCCAGCAACACGUCGCUAAACCUGAGCUGGGUGCCCGGAGAGAGGAACAGGAACCACGGCUUCACCAUCCACUACACUCGCACAGGGGUGACGUGGGAGGAGUCGGAGGUGGUGAACUCCACGCAGGGUUUCUACUCUCUGAAAGGCCUCAAACCUGCGUCAGCCUACGAUCUCAAGAUAAUGCUGGGAAACAUGACUCAUUGGAAAACUUCUACGGCCACCAGCGGACCAGAGCCGUCGGCGAUGCCCGGUGGGUUCGCCACUCAGGGCUGGUUGAUCGGACUCAUCAGCGCCAUCGUGCUGCUGGUGCUCAUCCUGCUCAUCCUCUGCCUCAUCAAACGCAGGAAGGGAGGCAAAUACGCAGUGAAGGACAAAGAAGACAAGGAGGUGGACUCUGAGGCUCGGCCCAUGAAGGAUGAGACCUUCGGAGAGUACAGUGAUGCAGAUGAGAAGCGCUCUGACAGCCAGCCAUCUCUGUGCGGGGAGAGUAAGCUGGGCAGCGACGACUCCCUGGCGGAGUACGGGGACAGCGUGGACAUCCAGUUCAACGAGGACGGAUCCUUCAUCGGACAGUACAGCGGCCGCGGGCCCGUCCCGCACGGCCACGAGAGCUCUGGCCCCGCCUCCCCCGUUAACGCCGUCCCGCCUCCCCCCAUCGCCCCGUCCAUGUCGAGCAUCCUGAACCGGCCCAGCUAGACACACACACACACACACACACACACACACACACACACACUGCCUGCAACACAACACAAAGGGAAAGACCACUCCUGACUCCACUGCCUGUAAUGUUAUAGUGCAAACACACACACACACACACACACACACACACUGAAUCAUUACAUUCCACAGGUUUAUGCAGUGAAGCUGUUUACAGGAUGUCUCACCUUUUAUACUCCAAGUUUACACA